AUGACCGACUCACCAUCGUCUCUCGCAGCUAUGAAGCCCACACCCAAGCGCAAGAGAGGCGUCAACACGACCCUCACACCUAUCCAGUUUUCAUUUGACCCUUCUCGCGUCGUGGAGGAUGGUGCCGACAGCCCUCGGUCCAAAGUUGCCCACAAGUUCCAUGGCCUGGCAAUCGACGGUGAAGGUGGGGGUGGGGUACCCAUCGGUUCCAGUAUCGGCGAUGAUGUCAAUGUUGCCCAUGAGAGCAAGCGUCAGCGGCAAGACGCCGACAUGUAUGAUGGACCCUCGGACGGGCCGCCCGUUGCAGAGCCAUCGUCGGUGACCGCCACGGAACCCACUGAAGGUGGUGCAGCAUCGCUGCCGUCCGAGCAGCCAGCGUCUCACAACUCCCUCAUGGCGGAAAUAGCCAAGGCGGUUAGCAUGAGGUCGGGCACGCCCCCACCAAGUUUGAGGAAGAGGAUGGCCGAGAAGAAGGCCAGGCUUAAGGAAGAUGAUGAAGAGAUGGAUAUUGUCGAUCCUGUGCGUGCAGCCCUCACGUGGCGCGAUGAGGAGAUAACAAUCUACGACCCCGAGGAUGUUGACGACGAUGGCACGGGGGUCAACGGCGUCGGUUUCAAGCCCACUCCCGCCUUGGCUCACGCUCGUCUCAUGAAGCGACGCCAACAGCUGGCCGAGUAUCGUCGGCGCGAGGAGGUCGAGGCUAGGGCUUUGCGCACGCAGCGGCGCCGUGGUCAGCACCGGACGUCCUCGUCGCCCGACGGCAGUGGAUCGCCUUCACGUAGGGUCCGUUUCAGAGAGGACAAAACUGUAUCCUUUAUUGCCACGCCAUUCUCGGCAUAG